AGGAGUCGCUCCUCCGUACCGGACUACCUGUCCUGUCCUCCUCUCUACAAACCUCCACCAGCGACUCUCCACAUUCGCUUCCUAUCCGUCCUUUUCCCUCCCCGGCGGAAUUAUGAGAGAGUAGGCGCCCCUCGUGUCUUCCCGCGCCCCGGCCUUCCAUCCUAUAUCCCGCGCGACAGGUAUCCGUUGUUAAUAAAUCCUGCCGCACGUCCACCAUGUUUCGCUACCGAAGAUAUCGCGUCUUUGUUGCUCUUGCUGUCGUUACCAUCUUCGCCCUAUACAAAUUCGGCAGCACAGGAUCAUGGCGGCAACCGACCCUGCUCCCAACCGGCGAGAAGUCAGCACCGCUGGAGGAGGAUUCCGAGGGGACUGUCCCGCCAAUAUCGUGGAUGCCGAGGCCACAUGAGGUUGUCAAGGAAACGAAGAAGCUACAAGUCGAGGUCUCAGGCAUUGAGACUUCAGUGACCCUCCCGCUCGAAACCCCGCCGCCAAUUGCGAGCGUCAGCCAUCCCGUCCAGAAAGCGCCUCCGGGAGCUCCAAAGUCGGCAAAGGAACAGGCAGUGUCUCCUGAAGCAGCUCCAUCAACAUCCAUUUCGCCUGUUGGCAUGGGACAUUUGGAAGAUGACAAGAAACAGUUCAAACCGGGGAAUAGCGAAGUCCUCCACGAGCACGGCGAAGGGAGACACGAAGUCCCGCCCGUACCCUCCGAUGCGCCAGCCAUAUACUGGGAACCCCUCCCCGAGCAUUUCCCGGUUCCCUCUGGAUCGACUAUCCAGCUGCCGAGCGGCUCGCCGAAACCAAUACCCAAGAUUCAAUUCGACUUCAAGGAAGAGACCGAGGAGGCAAAGACGGAUAGGCUGAGUAAGCUUAAGACUAUCAAGGGAGCCUUCUUACACUCAUGGGCCGGAUACAAGGAUAAUGCGUGGAUGAAGGAUGAAUUAUCACCUGUUUCUGGUGGCUUCAGGAACCCCUUUGGGGGCUGGGGUGCAACAUUGGUGGAUACGCUGGAUACGCUGUGGAUGAUGGGACUGAAGCCUGAGUUUGAGGAGGCCGUCGAGGCUGUCAAGACAAUUGACUUCACCACGAGUCCCCGUGGCGAUAUCCCGAUGUUCGAGACCACAAUCCGCUAUUUGGGUGGUCUGCUUGCCGCAUACGAUAUUAGUGACCAGAAAUACCCGGUUCUGCUAGAGAAGGCUGCCCAGCUUGGAGAGGUGCUGAUGGGUGCUUUUGAUACCCCCAACAGGAUGCCAAUCACCUAUUACUAUUGGAGACCUACAUUCGCCACGCAGCCUCAUCGCGCGAGCAGCAGAGUCAUCUUAGCGGAGAUUGGUUCUCUCUCCGUAGAAUUCACCAGACUCGCCCAGUUGACUGGCGAGCCGAGAUACUAUGACGCUAUAGCCCGGAUCACAAAUGCUCUCGAGGUGUAUCAGAAAGAGACGAGGCUGCCGGGCAUGUGGCCGAAGUAUAUUGACGCUUCUGGCUGCAAGCGACCGACCAAUGCUAAUUCGGUUGAGCCCGAAGAAAAGGAGGUAUCGGAUGCUACGCCUUCGCUUGAGGAUGACUUCGAUGAGAAUGAGCUGGUCCCACUGGAAUUGCCGAAGCCAGUUGAGUUCAUUCCUGUCGGCAACAAAAAGACGGAAAAAAAACUGCCGGAGAAAGAAAAGAGGCAGCUCGAAGCGCCAGACGCUACAUUUGUGGACGGUAUAGUUCCCAGGACGGCAGUAGAGGCCGCUCAAAAGGUUCAGCCUACUAUUCCCGCUGUCCCUGAGUGCGAAGAACAAGGCAUGGUAACGACCGACGAGUUUGGGACUGAGUCUUACACGCUAGGUGGCAUGUCUGAUUCCACUUAUGAAUAUCUACCAAAGGAAUGGCUUCUCCUGGGCGGUCGGGUCGACUCAUACCGGACGAUGUACGAAAAGUCCGUUGAUGUCGUAAAAGAACAUCUCCUUUUCCGUCCGAUGCUACCCAACGGUGCCGACGUUCUCUUCUCCGGCUCUCUCAAUGUCCCAAUGCUCUCCUCCUACACGAAGUCCGGCGGAAUCGGCGAUCUGGAGUACGAAAAUGCGCAUCUCACGUGCUUUGCCGGCGGCAUGUUUGCUCUCGGUGCCAAAAUAUUCAACCGCGACGAAGACCUGGAGAUCGCGAAGAAAUUGACCGAGGGAUGUGUGUGGAGCUACAAUGCUACUACGACCGGCAUCAUGCCCGAAAGCUUUUAUGUCGUAGGAUGCGAGAGCCAGAAGAGCUGCGAGUGGAAUGAGACGAAGUGGUGGGAGCAGAUCGAUCCGUAUGCUGACAACAGGAUAAAGAGCUACAAGGAUCAGAUGGGCAGGUACACCAAACAGCUCGCGGAGGCAUCGGCAAGCUAUGAGGCGGCGAUGGCAGCGGCAACGGGCGCGCCCGAAGCACAAGCCACUGGAGUUGUGAAGAAGGAGGUAGAGAGCGAGGUUGCAGAGGUGGGGGCGGAGGCCACAGAGUCGCCAAAGGGUGCUGGCCUCGAGAAGAGACAGUUGGACCCAACGGAUGAGAAGCCAUCGAAGACGGAAAAGAAGUCAGAGGAAGAGCCGUUGUUGAAGAACCCAUCAGCGAAGGCGAACGACAACGAGGAAAUGAGCCCAUCAAAUUCAUCGGACAAAGCAACACCCACACUCCCCGCGUUCCCAAUCCUCUACUCUCCCCGCCCCCCGCAGAGCCACGAGGAGUUCGUCAAGAACCGCAUCCAGGAAGAGAGGCUACCAGAGGGCAUCACGAACAUCCAGAGCAAGAAGUACAUACUUCGCCCCGAAGCCAUCGAAUCCGUCUUCUACCUCUACCGCAUCACGGGCGACGCCCACUGGCGCGAGGUCGGCUGGAACAUGUACCAAGCCAUCGCCGAGCACACAACGACCGAGUACGGCAACUCGGCCAUCGACGACGUCACCAAGACGGCGCCGCAGCUGACGGACGAGAUGGAGAGCUUCUGGCUCGCCGAGACACUCAAGUACUUUUAUUUGCUGUUUGCGGAGGAGAGUGCGGUGAGUCUGGAUGACUGGGUGCUUAAUACCGAGGCGCAUCCUUUUAAGCGGGGGGCAUGAAGAUAAGGUGGGGGGCACGGGUGGCGUUCUUGGUGUGGGCUGUGAUUACUUACCCAGGUAUAUGGAAGGGGUGGAGAAGGGGCUGUACAUUGUUAGUCGCGCCUAAAUCCUAUGCAUAUUCAUAUUCCUGUCGAGAGUGGUUCUGGGUCGGCGCUCCUUUAAGUGCAACCUGCCCGGGACUGGUCCGUGUCUGCCUGAAUCCCGGAGCCGAAAUGUUGACGACGACAAGUUUAAUGAAGCCGUUGGAUUAGGGUGUUUGGUUCAGGAUAGUAAGGGAUCGUGUCUAUCUCUUCAGGAGCAUUUCUUCAUCAUGUCACGCUUAAUGUUCAUGUAUGCAACCAAUGCUUACGUGUAAGUGAGGUUGCUUUGUAGAGCUGAAAUCAAUAUAUAUAAGAGCUCCCUAGCCCGGCUCGACGCGAGUUAUGUAGC